AUGCUAUUGGCUUUUCAGUUUUCACAGGUUGCAGUAUUCUCGGUCCAAGCUCCAAGCUCCAAGCUCCAGGCACCAAUCUUUACGUCUCGAAUUUCUCGUACGUUACGUGCCCGUCAUCAUGUUCACUUUGAAGGCCCCCCUAAGAUUGCUUUUCUCUUCCUUGUCCGCCGAGACCUUCCUCUUGAUUUUCUCUGGGGUGCCUUCUUCAAGAAUGGUGAUGUUGCAAAUUUCUCCAUCUAUAUUCAUUCAGAGCCAGGUUUUGUGUUUAAAGAGACGACUACAAGUUCGGCAUUCUUUUAUGGCCGACAGUUGAACAAUAGCAUUAAGGUAAUGUGGGGAGAAUCAAGUAUGAUAGAGGCGGAAAGCUUAUUGCUUGAAAAAGCUCUUAAUGAUGCAUCCAAUCAGAGAUUUGUCCUUCUCUCCGAUAGUUGUGUCCCUUUGUACAACUUCAGUUACAUCUACAACAUCGUGAUGUCUUCUCCAAAAAGUUUUGUGGACAGCUUUCUUGAUGUCAAAGAUAAUCGUUACAAUUCCAAGAUGUCACUGACUAUACCAGAGAAGAAUUGGCGAAAAGGAUCCCAGUGGGUCAUUCUGAUCAGAAGACAUGCUGAAAUAGUCGUGGACGAUGAUAUUAUUCUUCCUGUCUUCAGGGAAUUUUGCAAGCAGGAUAUCGAAUUCAGAUUUACAUUUCCAUGGCUGAAAGUUCAGAAUCACCACGACUGUAUCCCUGAUGAACAUUACGUGCAGACAUUACUUGAAAUGAAUGAGCUUGAUGAUGAACUUGAACGAAGGACAUUGACCUACACUUCAUGGGAUCAGUCUGCAAUGAGAGAGGAAGAAAGCUCUUGGCACCCUAUCACGUUCCAUUAUGCAGAUGCUGGUCCUCAAAAAAUCAAAGAAAUAAAGGUGAAUAUCAACCAUCUCUACUAUGAAUCUGAACACCAAACUGAAUGGUGCCAAAUCCACUCCAAUCUCACUCCAUGUUUCUUAUUUGCUAGAAAGUUCACUCGUGGGGCAGCCAUUCGCCUUUUGAAAGAGGGAUUGAUUGGUUCCUAUGAUAUAAAUGAAUUAUCAAAUACAACAACACCAUGGAUGGCUUCAUUCACCCGGAAAAGAAAAAGUGACCAAGCUAUGUAA